AUGGAGCCGUCGUACUCGUUGCAACAGCACAUCUUCAACAACUUGAACGACAACGUCUACCGUGACAUCAACUUCUACAACNCCCUCAACAUCUCACACCCUCCGACCGCAGCCCAUCUCGAUCCCGAAAGUCUGUCGCCCAUCGGAGACGGCAAGCCGGAUUCGAUCAACCUUAUCGUGCCCCAGGACUGCGGUGGCUUCAACCUUGGUUCCUUCUUUGUCAAGCGUUCGGCCUGGACAGAUCGCCUCCUCGAUAUCUGGUGGGACCCCGUGGGCUACGAACAAAAGCAUAUGGAAUGGGAACACAAGGAGCAAGACGCACUGGAGUACAUGUACACCAAUCAGCCGUGGGUGCGGCCUCACCUUGCUUUCAUCCCUCAGCGCAAGGUCAACAGCUUCCCACCUGGCGCUUGCGGCGACAAUGGAGAGGACAUGAACAUCCACUAUCACGAACACGACCGUGACUUUGUCGUCAACAUGGCAGGUUGCGAGUGGGGCAGAGACUGCUGGGGCGAGAUGUACAAUUACCGCCAAUUGAGCAACAGGCUCAACCGCAAUAACUGGGAGAAGUUCAAGGACGGCGUGUCGGGAGCCUUUUCGUUCCUAAAGUCGAAGAAAAAGGAAAUCACGGGGACGGAAAAGGACAAUGAGGAGAAGAAGGAGUCAUGA